UGACGCAGGUGGGGCAGGUGUAGUGGCAGUGCGUAAACGAAAAUGCAAAUGUAGUGAAUGGCGAGAAGGUAGUGGACCAGCACGUAGAACAUGUAGUUCAAUAAUAAUUAAUAAGUGAAGCACUACAAAUACCUUAAACCAAUCAAUCGUUUUAAAAAAUGAAGCAAGGUUGAGUUAUGUAGCAAUGUAGUGCAUGUAGUUUCAUUUGUUAUCAAUUUAGCAUGCGGUUUUUACUAAGGUAACUGAUUUGUUGACAAUUCUUUAGGAAACGUCCCACACUGCAGCAUCCAAAAUGGGUGCUCUUGUUUAGUCUACUACCUACAAUUUUAUAUUGGGAUUAUUACGAGUAUUAUUUUCCAAAGUGGUUUAAUAUUGACUGCCAGAAUGAGGAGGAUUGUACCAGGAUACUGCUGGUGGCAGACCCACAAAUUAUUGGGCUACGUAAUGAGAUGAUACACUUUAUAACUCCCAUUUCAAUAUGGGAUAGUGAUAGAUACUUGGCCAAAACUUACAGCAUUGCCAAAAAGCAUGCAAAACCAGAUUUAGUAUUAUUUCUUGGUGACUUAUUUGAUGAAGGUUCGGUAGCUUAUGAAGUGGAAUACAAAACUUAUGUGUCAAGACUAACAAAUAUAUUUAAUUUAGAUGAUGAUAAGUUGAAGCACAUAUUUGUACCUGGAGAUAAUGAUAUUGGUGGUGAAGGCAGAGAACCAGUCAAGGAUAACAAAAUUAAAUUUUUUGAAAAUGCUUUCGGACAUACAGACAUCUCCGAAAUACAUAACAUGACAUUUUAUUCGGUCAAUUACCUCAAGAGAACCAUUCCAAACGUUGAGGUCAUUGAAGAAUUGAGUCCGGACGACGCGCAAUUACGCAUCGUCGUUAGUCACGUGCCACUUUUAUUCAAACCGUCUCUCUUUAGUGAUAAAGUAUUAAAUAAAUUAAGACCACAUUUACUGUUUGCUGGUCAUGAACACAGCUCAAUGAUCGUUAGCAAUGAGCCCAUCGUCCAAGUACGCCACGUGUUGCCAGUGACGGCAUCAGAUCGUAGUGUGCACGAGAUGUACUUGAAAAUGGACGAAACUUACGAAGUGAUCGCGCCCGCAUGUUCGUACCGCAUGGGAACGGUCAAGAUGGGCUAUGGUCUCGCGGUCAUUGAAAACAACGAGCUGCGUUACACUGUGCUUUGGUCUCCGUCCCGUUUUCACCAACUUGCCUACUACUUAAUCGUCCUGUGCGCCAACUUCUGGUACAUUGUUUAUUAUAAAUGUCGAGAGUGUUGGCGCACCAAGAGCAAAAACAAUAAUUACACACACAUUAAUAGCAAUAGCAAAGCUUAGCGCCGCGAAACUAUAAAUCGCUGGCUUUCGAGUAAAUUUAAUGAUGCUUAAAACAAUCAAUGAAUCAAUCAAUUUAGAUGUGAAAAUUUAACAUGAAAGAGCAUUAUAUCUUGACGUGCUAUGUACUUUAUUUAAAUUUAUAAGGCAUAGUUAAUCUGAAACAAAUAUUUAUUGAUGAACACAUAUUUAUAUAUGCACGCUGACGUUAUACACAUGUCUAGGAAAUUUUAUUGUAGCUUGAUUGUACGUUGUACCUUUUUUUAAAUAAAUUUUAUUCCGGA